AUGCUCUCCCACCUUCUCCUUGCUGCUCUCUUCAGCGCCAGCAAUGCCAACCCGAUCUCUUUGGCGGCUCCGACCGCUACAAUCGAUUCGGGAGUGGUGAUCGGCACGGCGACAUCUCUUGCUAACUCGGUCGUCGUCGACAAGUUCCUGGGAAUCCCUUUUGCCGCCUCUCCGACACGUUUCGCACCGCCAGCGACACCGACACCAUGGCCAUCACCAUUUCACGCUACCAAAUUUGGUCCUGCGUGCAUUCAGCAAUUCAACUACCCUGAAGCGAGCCGCAACCUCAGCAUUUACUUGGGCAAUACUCCUCCACCUCCUACAGGUGAGAGCGAGGACUGCCUCAAUGUCAAUGUUUGGGUGCCGAGGACGACGACAAAGGCCAAGACGGUCAUGGUUUGGAUCUACGGGGGCUCUAAGGAGCACGGUGCCAACUCACUUCCCGAGUACGACGGUACAUCUUUUGCAGGAAACCAGGAUGUCAUCAUUGUCAGCUUGAAUUAUCGCACAAAUGUGUUUGGCUUUCCCAACGCGCCCGAGCUGCCUGUCGGCGAACGAAACCUUGGAUUCCUUGAUCAACGCUUUGGACUUGCCUGGGUCCAACGUAAUAUCGCAGCUUUCAAUGGUAACCCGGAGAAAGUGACAAUUUUCGGCGAAUCAGCCGGUGCUGGAUCUGUAGACGCGUUGGUAACGACAUUUCCAACGAACCCGCCAUUCCGCGCUGCCAUCAUGCAAUCCGGUCAGGCAUCUUUCAAUAUUAACCCGACAAAUGCGCCAACGAGCUGGCUGACUCUGGCUGCGGCUUUGAAUUCCACAUCUCACUCAAGCAACCUCACCUGUCUGCGCUCAUUCCCAGCGGCAGUCCUCAAAUCUACCAUUGAGCGUUUGGCGCUGCCGUGGCCGUCAGUCAACGACAAUGUCACGUCGCUACGGUAUUCAGAAGCAGCACGAGUCAGCCGCUCGAUCGCCAGUGUCCCGAUCCUUCUAGGAACGAACGGCAACGAAGCAACAGUCCUGACCAUUGGGGAAACGAACACGACUGCGUUUGUUGAGACCUGGGUGCCACUACCAGCAGUGCAGACUGUGCUUGCAGCAUAUCCUCCGGAUAAUCCCAAUUCAAUUGCCAACUUCUUCACAGAUUACGCGUUCCAUUGUCCUGCGGCCAUUGUUGCAAAUGAUUCCAGAGCAGUGGGGUUCCCGACGUGGCGGUACUUCUUCAAUGCAACCUUUGCAAACACGCAAGUACUUCCUGGGUUGAAGGUGUACCAUGGAUCCGAGAUCGAAAUUGUUUUUGGUACGUAUCCGCAAGUGAAUUCGACAGAAGGUGAGGCGCGACUGAGUCGGAGUAUGCAGUCGGCGUGGGCAGCAUUUGCGAAAGCCCCGAACGGCGGACCAGGAUGGAGUCAAGUGCCUAAUGUUGCGGUACUCGGCCCUGGGGUGGGAGUUUACGGCGAUGGGACAGGAGAUUUGAGAAGAAUAGUGCAGGCUGGGUCUCUGGAUGGUGCCUGUGGGCUUUUUCGGGAGAUAUUCGAAGCCGUCGGGGUUGCUGUUGCAGGAUUUGGAGGAUGA